GGCGCGUCCCGGAGGCCUGCGCGGCCAUGGCGCUCCCGCUCGCCGCUCUGCGCGUACUGUUGGGCGGCUUCUUCGCGCUCACGGGGGCGGCCAAGCUCUCGGAGCAGAUCUCGGCUCCGGUGUCUGAGCAGAUGGGGCUAUCUUCACUUUGGUGUCUCUGAAAGAAUCACUGAACACCUGCAUCCCAGCCAUCGUCUGCCUGGGGCUCCUGCUGCUGCUGGAUAUCUGCUAGCUCUUAGUCCAAACUAAAAAGAUGUUCAGACACCCUAGGAAGAAGUCUCCAAGUGCAUUCAAGGAAUCCUGGGAGUAGAGUCUGUCUUGCCUCUUCAUGCCAUGUCACUGCCAAAGCAGGAACAUGGUGGAACACAGAGUGUCACCUUGUUACCAGUACACCCAAGGUUGGCCAGUGUUGAAGUAGACAUCUGGUCUACCUGGCCCUGCUUUCUCGGACAUUUACUGCUCUUUUUUGAGGGGUACAUGUUACACAUUCUAGCAUUCCUCAUGUGAAAAUAGAAAAUAAAUUUAAAUCACCCAAACUUUUAAUGCCCCCCAAAUAACUACUUUCAAUUCCUUUGUAUAACUGUACCUCCCAGUUUUUUUCUGUGCCUUUAUACAGAUUUUUUUUAAUGAAAAUGAGAUCCCAUAUAUGACUUUAUUACCCGCUUUUUAAACCUAAUACCCUGUAAUACCAUUCUCUGUCUGUUUUACCUCAUUGAUGUUAAUGGGUGCAUAGUAUUCCAUUGUAAGGAUGUACUGUAAUGUAUCUAUACAAGCCCCCAAUGAGAAACAUUUGGAUUAUUCCCAAUUUUUUAACUAUUGUAAACCUCACAGUUAAUCAUCUCUGCAUAUUUAUUUUCUUUCCCUAGAAGUGAGGGUGCUGAUUCAAAAGGCAUGCACGUUUUUAAGGUUUUUAUUAUAUGCUUAGAAUUUACACAUCGAGUAUGGCAGAGUAUUGAGUAUACCUGCUUCUGCCUGCUGAGCCACAUGAAGUACUCCCCAUUCUGUUUUUUCUUUUAAAUUUUGUUUUUGGCUGCGUUGGGUCUUUGUUGCUGCGCGCGGGCUUUCUCUAGUUGUGGUGAGCGGAAGCUACUCUUUGUUGCGGUGCACGGGCUUCUCAUUGCGGUGGCUUCUCGUUGCGGAGCACGGGCUCUAGGCGCGCGGGCUUCAGUAGUUGGAGCACACAGGCUCAGUAGUUGCGGCAUGUGGGCCCUAGAGUGCACGGGCUCUAGGGCGCGUGGGCUUCAGUAGUUGUGGCAUGGGGGCUCCGUAGUUGUGUCUCACAGGCUUAGUUGCUCUGCAGCAUGUGGGAUCUUCCUGGACCAGGGAUUGAACCCGUGUCCCCUGCAUUGGCAGGCAGAUUCAGUGGUAACCACUGCGCCAUCAGGGAAGUCCCUCCCAUUCCUUUUUAUCUCGUGCACUUUAGAGUUGUAAAGCUAACAAAGAUGGACAUUAAGUCAUCAUUUUACAGGACCUGAAACUGCUAGGGCAGUGCUCCUUGGACACCUAGAUGGAGGCAGGGGACAGCUAACUCUAAGGCAUGCUGCAUGUUAAAGCAGUGCCAGAACCUGUGAUGAAUCCCAGAGGUCCUAGGGAGUCAGAAGGGUGUGUGAGAGAGACAAUUCUCGAGGGCAAGUGACCAUGUUAGGGUACCUACUAUCACAUCACCAACCAUCUUCACCUCAGUGGGGGUCUUUUGGGAAGUGAUGUACCUCCAUAAGGGAAAAUAGUGAAGAAAAAGAAAUCAUUUAUUUAUGCAAAUACUCUAGCCACCAGCCUACAAAUUGCUUUGGGGGUUAGGGAAUGGCUUUUGGGAGCCCACAGGAGUGAAAGAAGUCUAUGUAUAUUACUCCAUUUCAUCUUCACUAUAGAAGGGUAAUUUCUGCUCUGACACUGACAAGCUGGGAACCUCAGGUAAGCUGGCACUCUUAGGUCUUCUUGUGUCUGAAAGCACAGUGAUGCAAUCUCUCUAUAGUUAAGUGUGUGUGUGUGUAUACAUAUAUAUGUAUAUUAAUACAUAUAUAUGUAGUAGUAUAUGUAUACUACAUGUACAGCGUGUCAAAAUAAGGAAACUUUCUGUCACAUAAUAGGUCCAGAGAUAACAUAGUUUCAGUUUCUUUUUUAAAAAAAUAAAUUUAUUUAUUUUUCUCUGCGUUGGGUCUUCGUUGCUGUGCGCGGGCUUUCUCUAGUUGCAGCGAGCGGGGGCUACUCUUCGUUGCGGUGCGCGGACUUCUUAUUGUGGUGGCUUCUCUUGUUGCGUAGCACGGGCUCUAGGCAAGUGGGCUUCAGUAGUUGUGGCUCGCGGGCUCUAGAGCGCAGGCUCAGUAGUUGUGCUGCUUUCAAUUUAUUGACUUCUGCCCUCAGGGUUACAAAAUAGCUGAAGCAGCUCCAGACAACACAUUUGCACAUAAUAUCCAAAGGUGAAAAGAAAGAGGAAAGCUCUCUUAGAAGACCCCUAGGUUUCCCCUUGCAUCCCACUGUACAUAGUUAUGUCACAUUUCCGUCCUUAGACCAAUCACUGGCAAGGAGAAUGGAAUUUCCAAGUUGGACUUAGACUAGUUAAGAUUUACCCACACUGGUCAAGUGGUCAGCAAAGAAGAAGGGAGAGAGUAGAUAGUGCCACUUAUUAGCUUAUUUGCAAAUAUGGAUAAUGAUGGCAAAUAUUUUCAUAGAGUUGCUGUGAAGAUUUAGUGAGUUAAAGUGCUUACAAUAGUGCCUGGUGCAUGAUAAGUGCUCAGUAAAUGCUAUUAUUAAAUAGUGUUUGUUAUUAAAUAGCAGUUCUACAGAUGAGAAAAUGGAUUCAGAAAGCUUAAGUGUCUAUGUGUCAGACCUGAGACUAGAAUUAAGACCUGGUUGACUCCAGAACCCACACUUUGCACUGCACCAGCUGCCAAAGUCGGAAGUGGGCAGGUGUGGCACCCCUGCUCUUCAACUUGAAGGUAGUUGGGAUGAUCGGUCCAAUGUAAUUAAAUCUCCAUUGCUUCCCAGAAUUGCCCCUCUGCAUGAAAAUUUUGAAGCCCUUGAAAGUAGAGCCUGGAAACCCUGGGAUCCUGACCUCUUACCAUCUCCACCCCUUCCAGGAUUCCACAGCCAGCUUGUCUCCAACCAGGACUUCGAGUAAAACCUCACACAGCUGGCAUUAGAUUGAAGGCUCCUAUUUACCAAGGCUUGGCCUGUAAGCUGAUUUAGCAGCUACAGGGCCCUUCAAGCUUGGCUGUAGGGCCCACCCAGCAGCUGCAGGAAAGGCAUGGUGCUGGGAGAGUAGGCUGGCCAGCUGGUAUGGAGGAGCAGUUGGGAUUGACAGCAGCAGGAGUAUCUUCAGCUUUAGGUGUGCUGCCUCACCCCAAGGAGAAGCCAGGCCUUAGGAAACGGGCCCCCCAAACCACAGCCUAAGCCUUGGUCAGGUCGGCACAAUGACAUUCAGUUGCGAGGCCUUCCUUAUACUUUGCUAUCUCCCUCCCUGUGCCCCCUUGCCUUGCAAUGACAUUCCCUUCCCUUGGGGCCCUGGCUGCACCCCACAAACCCUGCUCACAGCUGCCACAGGUGGACUCCAGCCCUUCCAGCUGUUGAGCCCAUUCUUCAUGUCGUGUCCUGGGAUUAGUCAGUUGAUGGGAGGGCCUAGGAUAUGCGGGUGGCAGUGGAUUCUGAUCUGUCUCAGGCCCCCAGGCCCCCAGGAACCCAGAGAGAUCUGCAGCAGCCAGAGCAGCAAGAGUUUUAAAUCAGACCCAGGACUUCUUUGUGGUCAAAAGGCAAGGGGGAAGGAAACAAGACUGGAAGGCCUGCGAGAUGUGAAACCUUUUCAGCUCUGCCCAGGGUGCUCCAGGCAAGCCCCAGGAGAGGACCCUCACCAAGUCCCAGGUCCGAGAUGAACAGUAGCGCUGGGGAGCUGGGUGUUGGUGCUGGCGGCCGCAGCCCCUGGGACGACCCUGCUGGCUUCAUCAUGGUGCCCGCAGCCUACGCCUUGGCUCCGGGCCUGGGGCUGCCGGCCAACGUGGCGGCCAUGGCAGUGUUCGUCCGCCAUGGCAGGCGCCUGGGCCAGGCCCUGCGUCUCCACCUGCUCAACCUGGCCCUGGCCGACGUGCUCUUCACGCUCACGCUGCUGCUGUGGCUCACCUACUACCUAGGCCCGACCCCCUGGCCCUUCCCGGAGGCUGCCUGCCGCUCGGCCGGGGCCACCUACUGCGUGUCCACCUACGCAGCACGGCCUCGCGGCGCUCACCAGCGUGUGCCGCUGCGGCUCGGUGCGCCCGCCCGGCCCUGCGCCGCUGGGGCCCUGCCCGCGCCACGUGCGCCGCCGCGGCUGGCCAGCCUGGCCUGCGCCGCACCCUCGCUGGCCGCCCCGCAUGCGCUGCGCCCCAAGCCGGGCGGCGCCGCUCGCUGCCUGGAGCGCGGCUGGGCUAGCGCGGGCCUGGCCUACGCCACCGUGGCCUUCUUCCCCGCCGCCUUCCUGCUGGUGCUCGCGGCCUAUGUGAGCUUGGCGCGGGCGCUCGCGGCGCCCUCGGGCCCGGGGCCGGCCCUGGCCCCAGCCGGUCCAAACCGGCACGCGGCCAGGACCAUGGUGCUCGGGCACCUGUUGGUCUUUGCCCUCUGCCUGGCGCCCUACCACCUGCUGCUGGUGCCCUGGGUGGCCGGGCAGGAGGGCACCGUGGGCCACCUCCAUGCUUGACGUCCUGCACACCCUCAGCCUGGCGCUGCUGAGUCUCAACAGCUGCCUGGACCCGCUCAUCUACUGCUUCUCUGUGCGCUGCUUCUGCCAGGACUGCUGGGCGCUGAGCUGCCUCCCGGGGGUGGGGAGGUCCGGGGCGCAUUUGGCCUCCUUGGUCUCCUCCCAGAGAGCCCCCUGGCCUGCUGCCUGCUUCACCCCUGCCACCCUCCCAGUGGCAUCCUGGGUGGUGAAAGCUCUUUGCAAGGACCUAGACUCCAAUCCUGACGCAGCCACAUACUAGCCGCCUGUAGUUGUAGACCUCCGGGCUCUGUCAAAAGGGGAAAGAACAUUCUUUGUAACCCGAAUGUUUCCUAGACUUUGCCAGUGUUUGGAUACAGGUAAUAUGCCACUGCUUUCAAAAUCUCUGGGGAUAAACCCCAAAGUCCUAAAAAGGGCCUACAAGGGCUGAGUGGCUCCUGCUUCUCUCUCAGCAUCCUCUCAUCCUCAUUUUCCCUCUUCUCCUCUACCACAUCUGCCCGUCUCCGUGGGUUGAGUCACCUUAUCAGUCCCUGGAACAGACCAGUUUCCUCCUCUUCAAGGCCUUUGUAACUGACUGCCAGGAAUGAUGUCCCUCUGUCUCCUUUGCUAAGUUAAUUCCUUUUCAUUCUCACUUCCUCAAACGUACCUGUAGGGAAGCCUUUCUUGACCAGCACCACAUACACCAUUCCCUAGACUGGGUUAGAUCCGGUUGCUCUUUUAUAGGUCUUUCCACAAUUCCAAUCAGGCAAUUAACUGGUUAGUUCUUCUUUUUUUUUCUGUUGUUCUUUCUGUAUUUAUGUCGAUCCAUAAGAAAGUGCCGUUUUUGUAGACCCCAAAGGGUUGAAUACUGGCAGUUUUAUUUUCAUCCAGUUCAACUUAAUAAAUUCCAUGUUUGUCUUACUGCUUGCUACUGUGCCUUGCACGUAGUAAGACCUCAGUAUGUCAGAUGAAUGCGUGAAACCUGAAUAUCAUUAGCUUAAAAUGCUCAAGGACUCACUCCGACAUUCUAGUCUCUGGUAGAUUUUCCUCAAGUGUUUCUGGGAUUCUCCAAGCUUGUAUUACCAGAUGCAUUCUUGAACCAGUCCUGAUGAUUGCUUCCUUCUGCUGUUGCUGGUUACCUGCGACUCUGCCAUCACCUCCACUGCCCCAAGAGUCCUGUGCCAAGACUUGGUGAUAACCAAGCUGGAGAUCCAUCCUGCCAUUAGCUGGGACAGGGAUCGGCCAGACUCGCUGCCUUCCGCUUCAGCUGAGCCAGGACUCUGUCACUGGGUGCAAAUCCCUGGCAAUGGUUCUGGCCACCAGUGCUUUCCCUCCUCGUGCCUUGAUGACUUAGCAGUUGGCUUCAAGUGGGGGAAUGGAACCACUCCCUCUCCUCGGCCAUGUUAUUGGAGGCCCCAUAGCAAGACUGCUUGGGUCUCAAGGAGUUAAGCUUAAUGAGUGAGGGCAGCAUGUUCAUGUUGCCAAGUCAGCUGGGUCAGGAAGGGUUCACCAGUCAGCUACCAUGUCUUACUGACCUCAGGUCCUAUUGCUGAAUUUGCCUUCUUAUGGUAAAUUUGAGAAAUUUCUUCUUUAAUUUUUGAUACAUUACCUUUCAUUGGUCCCUUAUUCCUUCUUUAAAUGUUUUCUUUUACAUUUAAAAAAUAAUACAUGUUCAUGAAAAGAAAUUCAAAGCAGUAGAGAAAAAUGCAAAAUAAAAAAUAAAGCUUCCCCCAGUGGUAACCACCAUUCACAGUUUCUUGUUGUGUAUAUCUUUCCAGAGAUUUUCUAUUACAGUACAGAUAUAGGUAUAGUCAAUUUCCUUCAAAAAUCCACAAAUGGGAUAGUGUUACAAGGCUCUUCUGCACUUUUCCUCAUUUAAUGUAUCUUGUACAUCUUUUUAUAUCAGCACGUAUAGAUGUACCUCAUUCUUUUUAAUAGAUACAGAGUAUUGAUUUUACUCAAUUGGUCCCCCUGUUGAUGGGCAUUU